AUGUCUUAUCGGGAUUUAAGAAAUUUUAGCGAAGCGAUGCGAGCGCUGGGUUUCCCUAAACCCAUAUCCCUGGAAAGUUUCCGUACUCCAAAUUGGGAGCUGGUGGAAGCCUGUCUCCGUUGGCUGGCGGCCCGGGUGGAACCGGAUGCUGUGCUCGCUGGGGGGAAGGAUACCGUUGAGCAACGCGUUGCCAUGGUGAUGCAUGCUGUUGAGUUGUUUCAUUCCCGCGCAAACCUAAAGCUAAAUGGCAAGAAGCUAUACGGCGCGGACGGGUGGGCGGUGCGCGAGUUGCUCAAAGUGGCCGCGCUGCUGAGGAGUGCGCUCGAGGCGCCGCCGCCCGACCAGCACGAGCACGCCACUCCAAUACUGUAUGACGUCAGCAAUCGGAUUGGAGAAAUAAAACAGGCGCGCACACUGGCCACGGAUAUUACUGCUCAAGGAGCCUUUCUGUACGAUUUAUUGGCAAAAGAACCAGAGAAUAAGGAGUCCCGCGAGCGCGCGCUGUCCCGGCCGCUCGACCCGGCCGGCACGGAGGCGGCGCUGCGGCGCGCGCUGCGGGCGGUCGGCGAGCGGGUGCGGGCGGCGCGCGAGCAGAUCGACAGCGUGGCCGCGAGCGAGGCCGCGCUCGUCGCCAAGCUCGAGCGCCGGCGGGCGGAGCUGCAGCGCGCCGAGAAGAGGCUGCACACCGUGCAGAAGAUCAAACCGGUUUACCAAGGCGAGCUGACAGCCCUUGAGGCAGAAAUUGAAGAACUGUGGGAGCAGUACGUGCUGCGGUACCGCUGUGUGGAGGCGCUCAAGCAUCAGCUCAGCUUGUUGGAGACGGCUCAGACUGAGGCGGCGGAGGAGCAGCAGGCGUCCAUCAUGCAGCUGAUACACAAGUACGAGACGGAGGACGUGCUGGGGAAGCUCAGUGACUCAGAUGACAUGGACUCGAGCGACGAGGACAAAGAGGUGAAGCAGCCGCGACCAGCCACCAGACCCAAAACGAGACUCCGAAUUAAAACCGCAGGUCGUAAGAGAGGGGCGGAGUCGCGGCGCGCGUUCGUGGCGGGGCGCGACUCGCCGGACGACAUCCGCGACGAGGGCGACUCGCGCUCCGACUCGGAGCCCGACCUCUCCGACGAGCAGCUCUACGGUGACGGCCGCGCGGCGCGCUGGUCGCGGCGCCCGCGCACGCGCACGCUCGCCGCCGAACAGCAUUACGCCGACCUCAUCGAAGGGCUCGCAGGAGAGGAAGUGGACUCUUUGGGAAGCUCCUCAGAGAGCGAAUUGCGGCUGACCAGCCCCCGGCUUGGCCGGACUUCUGCGCUCAGUGAUAAUGAGUUUUAACUCGUUUUCACUUUUAACUUUCGCUUCGCUUCGCUUUCGCAUUUCAUAAUAAAUGGAAUGAUGUUUUCUUAAUGUGCCA